AAAGUAAAAUUAGAUUUUUUGAAACUCGCAAAAACAUGUUGACAAGAAUUCUUUCCUUUUUACAUUAUAGAGAAUACGUUAAAGGAUCUGUAAUGCACCUAUUAUCUCAGUAUUAUACAAAAAAAUACAUGUUUUCCCGAUAUAACCAAAUAACCGAGUACCUUAGUAAAAUUGCAUAAAAACACAUAUGUGCAUACACACGCAAUUGCAUAUACACACAGGUUAUGAACCUCUCUGCUUGUUGGCCAUGCACUGGACUCUUUUCUCCACUUGCGAGUGUCAACCGCCGCAAACUGUCGUGUGUAGAUGUAAACAUCUGAAUACAUACUUACAUAAAUAUACACAUGCAUAAAUCAAGUUGAUGUGAAUUGUAGGCAAAAAUUACUACGAGCAUGAAUGAGUAUAUAUGUGUGUGUGUGUGUAUAAAUAUGUGGGAGUACAUCUGUGGUGCUUACAUAUGGUCUCUACCGCAACGCCUCAUAAAGACGUCAAAGUAAAGCUUAACUGUCGACGACUCUACGGUAUAACGGUAUGCUGCUGCCGCGACCAACACCAAUACCACUACUAACGACAACACCAACACUACACGACGACGACCAAUUUUCGUAUUUUCCUUUAUUUUGUGAAUAGAACGAAAUGAGCUUUCCACAUUAUGUCCUAUAGCCAAAACUUGGAGAGCAUGUCUGUAUGUGUGCGUGUGUGUGUGAAUGUUAACAUCCCGUUGAAAACUCUACGCAGGAAUACACAGGGCAGAAAAUUGCAGUCUAGUUUCGUCGCGAUUGCAGUGUGGAUCGAUAAUAGAACAAAAAUUGGCAGAGUGAAAUGUGAAAAUUGUGGAAAAAUAUUUAAUAGAAAAUCCUUUAGUUGCAGAAUAAGCAAAAACAUAUAUUUAGUAGAAUUUAUCAUAAAUGUUGUUAGUAAUGCUUUUUGGCUUCGCAAAUGAAACAAAAUAAAACGAUGAGUGUAAAGUGUAGUGUAAAAAACGUUACGAUAAGCAUAUAAAUCCAGUGUAAAGCAAAAACAAUCAAAUAGCCAAGCAACCUUAAAAUAAUUAACCAAUCAACUACGUAACACCGACCAACCGUCCGCUUCUAUUUCAAAAAUUACUUAGUAAAAAACGUGUAAAAAACUUAGCAUACUUAAUAGCAUACUCAAUAGCGCUGCCUGCUUCAGUUCACCUAUGCGCGUUCAUAUAAACAACCAAUACAGUGACGAAAUCUAUGAAAAAUUGCGACACAUAGCGCGAAAGAGAGGCAGAGUUCGUCGAAACUACGAUAAAAACGCUCUGUGUACAUAAAAAUCCGUGAGAAAAGCUCCCGGAAAGCUUUCGCAGCAAAAAAGACGACAUAAAACAAAUUGUAAAAACAAACACACUCAUUGGUGAACAAACAAACAAAAACCAAGACUUAAAACUAAAAUAACACAUAAUCAAAGGAAGUUAAGAGAGAGAGAAAGAGUGAGUGAGAGUGAGAGGGUUGAGAGCGUAAAUUCAAUUCAAUGAAACUUACACGCGAUUUUAAUGCACAUGAGAAGCAGUUAUAGUAGUACGCGACGGCACAAACUCACAUAUCCUCGUAAACAGCACACAUACAUACUGACACACACGUGCCUGAACAACGUCAGAACGCAAACAAACACAAAAACAACUACACAAAUUAUGUACAAGAGAGUUUGUCAAAUGUAAAGGAACUUCAAGGAUUUCAAGAUAUAUACAAAUUAACGACAGUGAUACGUUAGACUCAAUAGCAAGUGCUGCCGAAGUGUAAGAAUAAGAAACUCAGAACCACAUCCGGUGGGCAACACAAACACACAUAUUUUUAUGUGCAUGUAGAAACAUACACACACGCACACACAACCACAAUAAUUAACAAGGACAUCGGGAGUGAAAACUUGAAGGAUAAAUGCACCUACUAUUAAUAAAAAAAAAACUAAUAACAGUGUAGUGUGCUUUUUGGCGUAGAGGCAGCUGGUUUUGCUGUAUGCCAAUUGCAGAUGCAAAUUGCUGCGUUAAAUUCGCAUUUAAGCGUUAAACUUUGAACAUAUCAAAAUAUAAACUUAUACAAACACAUAUACACUUACACAAUCAUACAAUAUACAAGCAACGCUACGACGAAAAAUAUGCAACACUAGUGCAGUGUCACGCGUCAAGUCAGUAGCAGCAACAGCAGCAUGUCCUUUCGCGAACCUUGUGAGCUGCUGCCAGGCAGCACAAUGCGAAGAAGGAACAGCAAUUUCAGCGCAUUUUCAAUGACUGCCGUUAGUUACCUCUCUAACGGUACCACAACGUGUCACGGUAGCAGUAGUUGUGGCAGCGACUGCUGCAUUAGUGGUCGUCUUAUAAAUCGGCAUAGCAACGACUACAGUAGCUGCUACAACAACAACAAUAGCAGACAACAACUGCAAACUAUACAACAAAAACUGCCACUUCGGCAAACAUUGCGGCAGCAAAGGAACAAUGAAAACUAUAAAUUCCGAAACAGCAUCACAGCUAAAAGAACAACAACAACGAGCCCAUCAACUUCAGUGGCACAGCUUGUGGAUUGCCCAGCAGCUGGCGACGAUAUGCCGUCAUAUUCGCCAUAUUCAAGUUGUGGACGACUGAAACAGCGUCGAAAGUCGAAAACGCUGCUGCCGACAAAAUAUGUGCCCGCCUCGGUGUAUGCCUUUACCGGUUUGGUGCUGUUAUGUUCGGCGCUUCUAUCGCCAUGUCAUGCUUUCCAGCUGGAUGGCUCCCAAAAUUCUUUCGCCCAAUUUCGCAAAUGGUAUACGGGACUCAACGGCUCGCUGGAGCUGGAGUUUAAGACUGAGCAGCCCAACGGCUUGGUGCUUUACACUGAUGAUGGCGGUACAUAUGACUUCUUCGAGCUAAAACUGGUGGAGGGUGCAUUGCGUUUGCGUUAUAAUUUGGGCGGUGGAGCGCAUAUCAUAACAGUCGGCAGAGAAUUACAUGAUGGCCAUUGGCAUAAAGUGCAGGUGUUGCGCAAUGAUGAACAAACAUCGCUGAUUGUGGAUGGCGUUUCGCAAAGCAGUACGACCAAGGGCAAGGAAUUUCAAUUUGGAAAAUUUGCUACCAACUCUGACGUCUAUGUAGGCGGCAUGCCAAAUUGGUACAGCACAAAGUUGGCAUUAUUAGCCUUGCCAAGCGUGAUCUUCGAGCCGAGAUUCCGGGGUGCCAUUCGCAGUUUGGUGUACGCCGAUCAGCCCGGUAGAGCGACACGCCGUCAGGAAAUGAAGCAGCCACGUGAUAUAAAGUGUGGUGACGGCCCAUGCGAUAACGGUGAAAUGCCAAAGGAGAAGGUACCCAGGGGUGUACGCGGCGGUAAUACCACAGAUGCUUGCGAACGAAGUGAUCCUUGUCAACAUGGCGGUAUUUGUAUCUCAACCGAUUCGGGUCCAAUAUGUGAGUGCCGAAAUCUCGAAUAUGAUGGACAAUAUUGUGAAAAAGAAAAAGCGCCAUCAGAAGCCACAUUUCGCGGUCAACAGUUCCUGUCGUAUGAUCUUGGUCAAACUAGUGCCGAACCGAUUGUAAGUGCUCAAGAUGCCAUUACGCUAUACUUUCGCACUCGUCAACCAAAUGGUUUAUUAUUCUAUACAGGGCACGGUACUGAUUACCUGAAUUUGGCGCUACGUGAUGGCGGCGUUUCACUUACAAUGGGUUUAGCUAACGGUAAACAGGAAAUGCAUAUCAAACCAUCCAAGGUACGCUUUGAUGAUCAUCAAUGGCACAAAGUAACGGUACAUCGACGAAUUCAAGAAAUAUCUUCUAUAACAAGCUUCUGCAGACUUGUGACCGUUGUCGAUGAUGUUUACACCGAUCACUCGCAUAUUGCUGGCAAAUUUACCAUGCUGUCUUCGUCUCGUGUUUAUGUUGGUGGCGCCGUCAAUCCACGUGCUCUGCUUGGUGCACGAGUGCAUAAUAAUUUUGUAGGUUGUCUUCGUAAGGUUGAGUUCUCUGCUGAUACAUUAUUAUUAAACCUCAUCGAUUUGGCUAAAAGUGGUUCGAAACUGAUUCAAGUUGCAGGUAACGUCGAAUAUCAAUGUCCAAUUGGAGAUCCACAGGACCCAGUUACAUUUACUACAAGGGAAUCGCAUUUGGUUUUACCACCAUGGGAGACUGGCAAACAAAGCUCUAUAUCAUUUAAAUUUCGUACCAAGGAACCUAAUGGAUUGAUUGUUUUGGCCACUGGCUCCAAACAACCACGCUCGAAGAAUGCCGUACUAUUUGCCAUUGAGUUAUUGAAUGGACACAUUUACAUACACUUGGACUUGGGUUCGGGUGCGGCGAAGGUGCGUGCCUCACGACGUCGAGUUGACGAUGGUGAUUGGCAUGAUUUGAUACUGCGGCGCAACGGACGCGAUGCAAAGGUAAGCGUCGACGGCGUUUGGAAUGAGUUCCGUACACCGGGCGAUGGCACCAUACUGGAACUAGAUGGGCAUAUGUAUGUCGGUGGUACGGGUCCAGCGUAUAAUAAUAUCGCAUGGCCACCGGCUAUCUGGACAGCAACGUUACGACAAGGUUUUGUCGGUUGCUUGCGUGACUUGGUGUUAAGCGGCAAGGCGAUCGAUAUUGCAGCAUUCGCACGCUUGCAGGACUCAGCAUCGGUGAAGCCAUCCUGCCACGUACAGGCCAACGUUUGUUCCGGCAAUCCUUGCUUGAAUGGCGGCACCUGCAUAGAGGGCUGGAAUCGACCUAUUUGCGACUGCACUGCUACACUAUACGCCGGACCGACGUGCGGACGAGAGUUGGCCACAUUAGCGUUCAACGGCAGCCAACAUAUGACCGUAUGGCUGGGCAACGGUCAAGGCACCAAAACCCAAACUGAAGAGCUUAUAAUACGUUUCAAGACAUCGCGACCCACCGGCUUGAUACUACUAACAAGUGCCGAGUCGAAUUCACCAGAUCGUUUGGAGAUCGCAUUGGUGGCGGGACGUGUGCGUGCCAGCGUCCGAUUAAGUGAUCGAGAGAAGAAUUUACUUGCCGGUCAAUCGGUGUUGAAUGACAAUAACUGGCACACAAUACGCUUCUCGCGACGUGCCUCCAAUCUACGGCUACAAGUUGACGGGGUUCCCCCUGUCAGGGGUAUGUUAUCGGAGACUAUACUCGGUCGCCACAGCACUAUCGAGAUACGUUCCAUCCACUUAGGUGGAAUGUUUCAUGCCGAGGAGGAAAUCCAAAUGACGUCGACAAUGCCGAAUUUCAUUGGCCAACUACAGGGGUUCAUUUUCAAUGGACAAAGAUACAUUGAUAUUGUUAAGAAUUUGGGUCCCGAGUUAUCGGCACUGCCAAGCGCUACCUUCAAGUUGACAGCGCGUUUUGUAAACUCACCACCCGGUAAUCCCUAUCAUGCUGCCACCUUCCGUUCGAAGCACUCUUAUGUAGGUUUACCAAUGCUGAAGGCGUACUCAAGCGUUUCGGUGGAUUUCCGCUUCAAAACCGUCGAACCCAAUGGUUUGUUACUUUAUAAUGGUGGGCGACGUAAUGAUUUUAUUGCUUUGGAGUUGGUUAACGGUCAUAUACACUAUACCUUUGACAUUGGUGAUGGGCCGAUAACAAUGCGUGACAAGUCACGCAUACACAUGAAUGACAAUCGCUGGCAUCAAGUGAGCAUACGUCGACCGGGACCCAAAACGCACACACUCACCGUUGAUGAUUCAUUUGAGAUUGUUACACUGACUGGUAAUAGCAUGCACUUGGAGCUGUCGGGCAUACUAUAUAUUGGCGGCGUGUUCAAGGACAUGUACGCGAAAUUGCCGGCAUCAAUUUCAUCGCGUUCUGGUUUUGAGGGAUGUCUUGCUUCUUUGGAUUUGGGCGAUACAUCGCCGACACUAACCAGCGAUGCGGUUGUGCCCAGCUCGCUGGUGGUGUCCGGUUGUGAAGGUCCGACCAAGUGCAGUCAGAAUGCGUGUGCCAAUCGUGGCGUUUGCGUGCAACAAUGGAAUGCCUACGUGUGUGAAUGCGAUAUGACUUCGUAUACCGGCCCGACGUGUUACGAUGAAUCAAUCGCGUAUGAGUUCGGCAACAACAAGGGCAUCAUUCAAUAUGCUUUUCCCGAAAAUAUGCAAGCAGAUACCGAAGAAGACAAUAUCGCUUUGGGUUUCAUCACAACCAAAUCUGACGCGGUGAUAUUACGUGUGGAGAGUGCGACCACACAGGACUAUAUGGAACUCGAAAUAGUCGAAGGCAAUAUAUUUAUGGUGUAUAAUAUUGGCACGCGUGAUUUGCCCUUAGGUGAAAUUGGCACUAAAGUGAACGAUAACACCUACCAUGUGGUGCGUUUUAGCCGUAAAGGUGGCAACGCUACACUCCAGCUCGAUGACUAUAAUGUGCAAACACUAACACCACAAGGGCAUCAAUCGACCGUGUUUAAUACCAUGUCUAGUAUUCAAGUGGGCGGAAAAUUUAGCCGUGGCGGUAGAACACGAAUUGAACGUCCAUUUGCUGGUGUUAUUGCCGGUUUGUCGGUGAAUAAGUUACGCAUACUGGAUUUGGCUGUUGAACGUGACCCACAUAUAACCAUACGAGGAGAUGUUCAAUUGGUAACUGGAGUAUUAGAUAGAAAUGAUCUGCAAAGAAUGCAGCAGACCCCAGCAAGUGGUUAUCCGGGCGCCAUUGAUGACCUGAUCUUCUCGGGUGCUGGUUCUGGUUGUCGCGGUGACGAUGAAGAUGAGUGUACACCACCAUUCGAAUCGGGCAGCGGUGAUGAUUUGAUCACGCCUGUGUAUGUGCCGCCCACUAAACAAACAACAACCGCACAAGUUGCUAAUGCAGACAAAACUAACGGUACGGAACGUGCUUGUGACGAUGAGGACUGCCUGCAUGGAUCUGGUGAUUACGGCGAGACUACGGAGCAGUUCACUUCCACGAGCACAGCGAAAGGAUCUGAACCGAAUCAUGAAAUCAUAUCGUCGACAACAGAUGGCGUUAACCGCCGAGUUGAUACAUCUAGCCCAACCACAGAACAGCAACGUUCCACCACUACCGUAUCCAGCAGUGUAAUGACACGAACCGAGAGUCAAACUUAUGCGCCGCGAGAAACUACCGUACCGUAUAGCGCUACUACGAGCAUAGUCACGCAGCAACGCCAGACAUCAACACCCACUUCGAUUUACACGACCUCCACGCAACGAGCAUCCACAUCAACCCUGACAACAACAACUAGCCAAGCAACGCCAACACCUGAAAUCCAUUCCACAGCAACGGAACAUCAAACCACACCUUAUGACACCGUACAGGUGUUCAGUGGUGGUGAGGGCGGUGAACGACAUCACGGCGACGAAGAUGAAAAAUCAAAUAUGAUCUUCAAUGGUGAGCAUACAUCACUGCCGGAGGAACGACCACCACCGCACAUACCGUCACCACAUGAAACACCGCCAUACUAUCAAAUGCCACCACAACAACCGCCCACUUAUGGCAAUAAUUAUCGCUCCAAGGGUAAGGGUAGUCGCGUCAACUCCAUCGAAGAGGAACGCACCGCAAUGAUAAUCGGCAUUGUCGCCGGCAUACUUAUAGCUGUAAUACUAGUAAUAUUGCUGGUGUUGUGGCUGAAAUCGACCGGUGAUCGCAACUAUAAAACGGAAGGGGAGAAAGCCGCUGCCUAUGGGCAUAAUCCCAACGCGGCAUUGCUAGGCAAUAGCAGUACCAACGGUUCCUAUCAUCAGCAGCGCCACCACGGGACUCACCAUCAGAGCAAUGGCCAUAAUGCUAGUGGUGGUGGUGGUGGAGGCGGCGGCACUGGUGGCAGUGGUAGUGGCAGCAUGCUCGGCGCAGCUGGCGUCAAUAGUGGUGGUGUCGUCGGUUAUGGUUGCAUUAGCUCUGGCAUGGCCAGCACCGGUGCCGAUGGUCGUCCACAAAUGGCUGGUCUAGUGCAGCCCAAACCGAAGAAACGAGAUUCUAAGGAUGUAAAGGAAUGGUACGUGUAAUUUUUUUUUUUUUUUGUUUUGAAGUCUGGAGUGUUGAGAAAUGGAGUGGUUAAGUAUUUUAAUAUUUAAUUCAAAUUAGCAAUAAUAAAAUAAAUAAAUUUAUGGAAUACAUAUUUAGUCAAAAGCACACAAACACCUAUAUGCACACACAUACACAAAUACACCUAGUGAAAUACGAAUGGAUUCAGAAAAUAGUUUAGAUAUACUAAUCCGGAAAGGUUGCGAUUGUAUACGUAGCGGUUACCUAAGCGAAAUAAUGGUCGACAAAAUAUUGAAAAUUCAAUACGAAAGUAGAGUAUAAAAGCAAGCCAAUGAAGAGAAGUAACAACAACAAACAAACAGCCAACCAAAAUAAAACAAAAACAACAUUUAUAAUAUUUAUGACAGUUUAAAAUAUAAAAAUAUACUAACACUUGAUUAUUAAUAAUAACAAGUUGAACAAUAAGAUAACAAAAAAACUAAAACUCAUAUGUAUGUAUGUAUAUGUAAUGUACAAAAAAAAGCAAAACGAAAAAGAUAAUAAUCAUGAGGUGCAUUAGCGGCAGUUUCAGCAAUGGGACAAUAGAAUUGAUUACUUUAUUCCAAAGGAUCUUAACACAAAAAAAAAAAAUUUUUACCAAUGAAAUUCUUAAAAGGUCUUCAGCAUCGCUUCUCAAGUAUAAUAAAGCCUAUUGUUGGCAGAUUGUGGAGUCAAUAUUAAUAAAUAAACAAGAUAAUAAUUAUGGUAAAGAAUUUAGUUCGGUAAUUUGUUGCGGUCUCUGCAAUGAGACGACAGAUUAAUGUUUUCAAAUACUGCAGCUUUAUUCUUUUAAACUUCCAUAGCUAAAUACGAUUUGUCAUGAUUUGUCAGUUGUGGCUUUUAGAUCUCAGCAAUACUUCGGUGUUUUUUUAGAAUUAUCGAAUACUUAUGAAGUCUUAUUGGAGAAUAGUAGCUUUUUUAAGGCAAACUAAUCUUUUAGUUGCCACUUUUUUGACGUGAAGUACUAAUAUCAAGAGAGAACGGGGAUAAUAUAUCACCUAUAUAAUACAAAAACUUUAUAUUAAUAUUGAUAUCCAGAUUAUAAGUACAUUUUAAAAUAAGGAUUACUUUUGGAAGCUUAAUUUUUUAGAGAUUCCAGUUAAUACCGAUAAAAAAUGUUACAAGGAUUAUAUUAUAUAAGAUUAAUCAUCAAUGUAUUCCAAAAGUUAAAGCUAUAAAAUAUAAAAAAGAUUUGUAUGUUCUUUGUGGGUUGAAGUCAUUUAUUGAUAGAAUGUAUAUGAUCCUGUUUCGAUUGUCUGUUUCGGCUGCUGAUGUUCCGAGUGAAUCCAAGUAUUAUUUUGUGUUAUAAAGCAGUAUUUUUGCAAAUCCAAUGGGUUUCUUUGUUGAAAAAUCCGUUAGUAACAAGUGUAUGGUUUAAGUUGAGUAUUAGUGAGCAGGAAAUAGAGCUAGUGGCAAUAUAUGAGUAUGAAUAUAAUACUUAAUGUGAAGUACAUAUAUUUAGAAUAAAGAAAACUACGAAACAAAUGUAAGGAAACACUAAAAGUCGACACCAAAAUCGAUUCAAUUAGGUGGGCAAGGAGUCGAAGAUUUAUUAAAUAGACGAACUAAUACACUUAAAUGUACUUGAAACCGUGUUGGCAAUAAUAAUGACAGAAAUGAAAUAGCAACGCAUUACAAAAAGGUUUUAGAAAAUAAUUGCCGUCUAACGGUGAAAAUCUAUGGCUUAAUAAAUUAUAUAAAAAUACAUAAAUAGACAAAAAAAAAACAAUACCAAGUAGUUCCAAAUUCAAGCAAAUCUAUAUGAAUAUUUAACCAAAUUUGAUUCGUUGAAUUCUUCAUGUAAAGUUACAACAACAAAAAGCAAAAUUUAAAAACUUAAAUAUAUAUAUAUAUACAUAUGUAUAUAUAAGAAAUGUGGUGCUGUAAUAAUGUAAUACUUAGUCCCAAAUUAUUAAAAAAUAAAUUCAAAAUCUUUCAUUUAGUAAAAAAGAAUUCAUAACUUAAUGCUAAAAACCAAAAGUAAAAUACUAUAACAAGCAACUUUAAAGAAGGCACUUAUUAUAGUGAUAUACAAUAUACAUAUUAUAAAUAUAAUGACAGAGAAUCCGUGACAAAAAAUUAAAUUUAAAACUAACCAUACUAAAGCUAUAUAAUAAUCACUUAUAAUAUUAACUAUUGGCUUUGACACUGCAAUUACAACAAAUAGGAUCAUAUGGGAAACAACACUGUGCUAGACGAUUCUCUCGACGCGAUUUACACGUCACACGCCGAUGUACAUAUACUCAGUCAUUCGGUCGAAUAGCUCAAAAUCACGCAACAAAAAAUGGCGGGCUUACUGCACUUACUUACAUCGUUCACUAUACACUCCCAAGCACACACACACACAACUUUACUAAGCUACACACGCGCAUAUACAUAUAGCUCAUUAUUUGGUCUCUCGUAUCCGACGCCGUGUUGCGUUAUCUUUGUAUGUAUUAAGAGUAUGAAGGUAAUAUUGCCAGUGUUCAUCGUAUUUAACUUUUUUACAAUUUUUAUUAUACAAAAAACACCGUAUCAACUUAUAACAGCUAUUAUAAUGCUAAAUAUUUUACAACAACAAAAAAGUGCGUGUUUGUAUAUCGUUUUUUGAUGCUAAAUACAAUAGAGAUUUUUUUGAGUUGGUUUUUUAAGAGUUUUUGAAAGACUUUUUGUCUACACUUAGACUUAAAAAAAUGCUUAACUCGGACAUAUCAAAUGCAAAAUAAGACAUUUUGAAAUGCAAACAUUUUACUAAAACUAAGCGAAAUAAAUACAAAUUAAAACACAAAAACGAAACAUACAAACAUACAUACACGUGAUCACUUUCAGCAUGCAAUUAUUCUCAUCCUACUAACCCUGGGUCCAGCUUGAGGCAGCAUAGUCAGCAAAUUUAAAUUGUUUUAUUUUUAAUUGUAUUAAAAUAAUGUACUUGCAUAUCAUUUUUGCUUGAGAAAAGAAAGUAGAUUCAUACCAAACCAACCUAAUCUAAUUUUUUUGAAUGAAAAUUGAAAUGAAAUGAAACUAUGAAAUGCGGCCUUUGGAGCACUUAAUUUAGCUUUGUUCCCAAUUUAGUAAAAUUUUUUCUCUAAUGCGCCACUUCAGCGAGUAUUUUUUUUAUUUUAUGCAGAACAUUGGGUACUUAACAGUAGUAGUUAACAGAAAAAGCAAGCUUACAUGUAAGCCUACAUGAGUUCCUCGUACUUAUCUGCUCGUCCUAUAAGUAGAUUGAACAUAUUGUAUAUAUACAAUUAUGAGUCUAUUUAAUUAAUUUAAAACAAACUAAAACAUAAUGAUAUUUCCGCCUGUUAUACAUAAGUUCUCCAAAAAGGAAACUAACUAUUACUUAAGCAUUUUUAAAACUUAUUUAUUUAUGGAGAAUGCGCCUAUGCGCAUGCUCUAUAUAACCAAUUGAAAAUAUAAUUUAAUUAACGUUUAAAUACAUUUUUUUUUGUCUUUUAAUCCCGGAAAUCUUAAAUAAAAACAUUUAUCAUUUUUUUUUUGGAUUGAAAAAAUUAAAAAGAAAUGUUAAAUCAAUUGAAAAAAAUUAUAUUAAUUGAUUAAAUUUAGAAUGAAAAGUUUUAAUAUAUUAUAUACUUGCUAUCUUUGUAAAAGGAAAGCUUAUUUUUAAUAAAAGUUCUUUAUCCCAUUAAUUCUACAUUUUGGUUUUAAAAAUAUUUUUUCAUUUGUAACUCCAAUUUUAAUUUUGAUUUUUGGAUUUAAAACUAAACUCCUAAUUUUUAGUUGAAAAUUUUGAGUGAAAAAACCUAACUUCCAAUUUUUAAUUUCGAUUUGAAAAUACAAUUUUUAACCAAAAAUUGUUUAAUUAAAAAAUUCGCAACCCUGAAUAUAAAUAACAUUGACAUAUUUGACUGUUAACAUUUCAUUUUUGUUAAGUUGUAAGCAGAAGUACUUAACAUUAUAUUCUCUGCUAUAAAAUUACAACAGUAACUGUUAGCAUUACAUGUUCUGUUAGACUUUAUUAAAUCUGGAACUUCGUAAACUUAUUAUUAUUAUUUUUUUCUUUAACUAAGAGAUACGGAUACUAGAAAUUUAAACUACCAGUUUGUAAUUGACAUAUAAGAAUCCAAACAACAUACUGAUAUUCAAAAACACAUUGAAACAUUGAUAUUGUACUCUCAAAAAAUUGUUUUUUCAAAAAAAAAAAAUACAUAUAUAUAUAAAUUUAUUUCAUAUACUUGUUUCAAAAAUGAAAUAAGAAGAUGCUUAAUACGGAUAGUUUCAAAUACUUUUUUUUAAUACAUUUUUAAAUAAAAUGUGAAGUAACUAUAAGGUAAUUAUAAUUUUUAUCACUAAAUUUUAAUUGCUUUCAUUUGUCACAUUGACACUUCAGAUUCGGGAUAUUCACCAACACUCAAAAGUGCUGGAAUUUCUUAAUUUCCAUCAUCUCAGCACAUAAAUUUAAACUAGACACUUUAUCAAAUAAAGAAAAUAUUAAAAUUUUUGACUUAAAAAAAAUAAAAGUUACAGUAAUAAUAAUUAUUAUAAUAUGUGUGAAUUAUUGCAUUAAACAAGUAUCUAAACAUUUGUGCACCCGAAAUUGUCGUUGAAAGUCGAAAAAAAAUUUACAUUUCUCCGAAGUUCUCUUUGCAAGUUUUAUUAAUUAAUGUACACGAUGGAAACUGUUAGACAAUGGAACCGAAUUGCGAAAAAUGCAUAAAAUAAUACUUUAUAUUUUACUAUGAUAUCUUAUUGUUGCAAUGUAUGUACUUAGAAAAAGUAUGAAAUUUAAAAAAAUAUACAAAAACACUGAAAUUUCUCCUAAUAUUUUAAAAUGAAAAAUAGAAAUAAACUAUAUAUACAUAUAUAAAGUUGUGGUUGCCACAUAUUUUGGACUCCAUGCAAAUUUACCUCCGAAACACACGCAACACGCGACUAUAUCUAUGUAAGCACGCCCAGUUAUGAUAUUGCACAAGAAAAUCUGCAUUUAUUGUUAUUUUCAUUCAAACAAAUUACCCGAAAGAUAAUAACGACCAAAUUUCAUGUAAAUAUUAUAUUAUAUUCAUGGAGCGAAGAAAAAGAUGGAAUAGAGUUGUGUGACAACGUGCAAAUGUGAGUUAUGAAAUAGACAGGCCUUUAGUCGACCUAGGCUUAUUUGAAAACUUUGAAAGAUGAAUAUUUUUUUGAAGAAUGGCGUAUGGGUUAAAGACACUUGUAGCUGCUAUAAUAGAAGUCUAUUUUUUUUAUAAAUUUAUGAACUUCUUUCAUAUAUUUUUGGAAAUUUGACUCGAGCGAUAACAAAGUAAAUUAUUUUUGACGUUUUCAAACCGGUACAGAAGUGUAAAUAUAAUUUUUGUAGUGUAUUUUCGGGUUAAUAGUGUAACUUGGAUUGAACACGGAUUAGGUUUUUAAUUAUUUCGAUUAUUUAAUUCUCUACGAGUCAAGUAUUUGCUUAUUUAUCUUGAAUAACUAAAGCCUACUAAUUUUAUAUUAAUCGCUUUAUGAAAAAUGAACUAGUAGUAAAGUAUAGGGUCAAUAUAACCCAAAGUCAUUGCCACGGGUUAAGCCUAAGACCCAAAGAGCUACAAUCGCUUUUAUCAAUAACGCGGGUGCAUAAUGUACCUAUGUACUCAGAUAUUAACAAUAAUUUUUCGAUAAAACGAUCUACAAAUAAUAAUUUGACUUCGUGAGGUUCAGAAUAGCCACGCUUUGCCACUUAAUAAGCUUAUAAUAGUUUUUAACUAAAAUAUUUUCUUUUAAGUUUCUGUAAAUUUCAUUUUUAUGUCAGCUAAUUACCCGAUUUAUAAACUAAUUUCCACGAACAAUCUACUACAACACAUUCCAGGCAAAAUGUUACUCAUACACACUGGAUGCCCCAGAAAGCAUGCAAUUGUAUGUGCACAGUAAAGCCUUUGCAAUUACAACUGAACUUAUUAGUAUUUUGAAAUAAGUUGUACAAAUUACAUGCAAAGUUUUUCGGUUUUUUUUUAAUUUAAGAAUGCGGUAAUAAUAUACAACAGUUACUUGUAUUUAUAUGAUUUCAACGGAAUUACCUAAAUGUAUGUAUGUAACAUUGAUUAACAAGUAUUAGCUUAAAAACUAAAUUUAAGUAAGAAAGGUAGAGGUAAAACUAGGAAAGUAAAACAACAGCAACAACAACAAUAUAGCUAUACACUAAAAGUACAUAUAUGGAAAGGAAACAAAAAUCUAUGUGCACAUAUGUAUAGGUAAAGUGUUGAUUACAUAUGUGUAAUGUAUAUGCAUUUGUAUGCAAUUUACAUUUAUACAUAUAUACGAAUAUGUUAGCUGAUAAUGGAGAAUACGGUUUGGAAUGUUAAUAAAUUGACAAAUUUUCACUUGCAUUCAGAAGUACAUAUGAAACUUUACUCUAACAACCAUAUAUAGGCUUAAACCCAUUGUUAUUUAUUAUUAUAACUAUAUAUAUAAUAUAUAAAAUAAAA